GAUUCCGUCGACGCUGAUCACGUGACUCCGUCCUACGUCUUUCCCGCUGGUUAGCUAGUCAAAUUAGCUGUUUGCAACCCUUGAAACUCGUUUACGUCUGCUUUCGCUUGAAAGUCCAAUCAUGGAGAUAGGGGCUGAAAUUAGCAAGAAAAUAAGAGCUGCUAUUAAAGGAAAGCUUCAAGAACUCGGUGCUUACAUUGACGAGGAACUCCCAGAUUACAUCAUGGUAAUGGUGGCCAACAAGAAAACCUCCCAGCAGAUGGCUGACGAUCUCUCGCUUUUUUUGGGGAACAACACCGUUAAAUUCACCGCCUGGCUGCACGGCGUCCUGGAGAAGUUACGAACAGUCGCAGUGGAGCCUGCCCCUGUCAGACAUGAGCAACAGCCAAUUAGCAGCACGUCUGUCACCAGAACGGAAGAUUUUAAGCCUAACGCACGCUCUGAUAGGACGGAAUCCCGCAGCUCCGCCCACGAAAACCGGAGGGGCAGUGUCGAGAAGGGUUCUUCCCGUCUGACGUCUGCCGUCAAGCCCCUCAUGGAGCUCCUCCCCUCCGACGCGGUUAUAGACAUCAAGCCGGAGAUGGACGACGAAUUCGGCGAGGACGGAGCAGAGACGGCCACCGCCCAGAGGGCAGCGCGUGGCAGUCGGCCGUCGGUGGAACUGUACAAGGCGGGUCAGAGCAAGCUGAGCAAUACGUCGCGGUCUGCCGAAGGAUCGUCGCACGGGAGGCAUCAAGACGGCAGAAGCAGUAGAGCCUCCAGAGGCGGGUCCACCAAGGAGUCCCGUAAACGCAAGGCACCCGUGAGCUCUGUCGUGCGAGUGAGCAUCGACUCCGACGAGGAAAGCGACGACAUGGACGAGGAUGACGACGCAAACCCCGGGGGUCGGGGUCUUUCCAGUCGGGUGUUGCUACCGUCCAAACCGGAACGAAAGCCAUCACUCCCACCUGCCAAGCAGGCCAACAGGAAUCUCAUUUUGAAGGCCAUCUCUGAGGCACAGGACUCCAUUAACAAGACCACCACAUUCCCAAUACUUCCACAGAGGCAAACGGUUCCCGUUGCGCCUCGUGCCCGCUCUGCAAAAGAUAAUGAGAUGACGGCGGCCAUCCAACUGGUGCAGCAGCACCUGCACAACGCUCCCUCUAGGGGGCAGCGGUCAUACGCGCCUGAAGAGCAGCCUAGCAGAACUCUGGCACCGAGCAGAUCCGUGGCCGCUCAUUCGCCGUCGGAAUUACCGCAACGUAACGACGGAGACAAUGAGGACCCGAGCAGCGCGAACAAGCAGUUCGACACACGUUCCAUUAUCGUAAGUCGACCGCCGGCGGACGAAAGCCGAAGUCGGGAUCGCAAGCUGAAAGAUGAGCUUGCACUACCGCGCACUGUGCAGACCGGCAGGGAGAAAGACAUGUCCAACAGCCCCAAGUUUAUCGUGACACUGGAGGGCGUCCCGAGCCCGCUGGGAAACAUGACAGAGACGGACGUGGAGCUAGAAGACGUUCGGCCACCAACUACUCUGGGCGCCAAGUCCAAAGUCGGUGUCCUGCAAAGGUUGCAUGGAGAGCUGCCCUCAAUGGACACUUCAUUUGAUGACCCAAUGGAAGAAGACAUGUUUGACAUGGACACGACGCCUUUAAAAAAAAUGAAAGUAAUGGAGCGCUGCAAGUUCUGGCCGGUGUGUAAGAGCGGAGAUGAGUGUCCUUAUCACCAUCCAACAAGAACGUGCAAGACGUUUCCUUCGUGCAAAUUUGGCGACAAAUGCCUUUUUAUCCACCCCAACUGUAAAUAUGACGCAAGGUGCAGCAAGCCCGACUGUCCUUACACGCACGUGAGCCGCAGGGGUACUGUGGCUCCACCUCCGAGGCCAGUUGCUCCAGCAGCACCAACCAUGAGCAUGUGCCGCUUCUUCCCACAUUGCAAGAAUAUGGAUUGCGCUUUUUAUCACCCAAAGCCAUGUCACUUUGCCAGCCAGUGUAACCGAGACGGUUGCACCUUCUUCCACCCAAACACGUCGGUGCCGCCCAGGCACGCCCUCAAGUGGACCAAGACACAGAGCAGCUAACGAAGUCACGCCUCCAUUUUGAGGAAAACGUCAAAUGUACUGUCAACACUUGGGAUGGAUUUUAUUUGUAUUUACAUUUAUUUGUGGUGUUACAUUUUUUUUGUUUUUUUUUGUUUUUGCUAAAGCUGUCAAUUAAAAUACUCAGUGGAUGAACACAACUUCUGCUUUCCUAUCUCAAUUCAACAUGGAUGUUCUGUUUAUGUAACAUCACAUAUGAUCGUGCUGGAAUGUACUGUAGUUUGUUUUCAUAGUUAACAUUUUUCAUGUGAAUAUAUGAAAAGUUGUAACUUGAAAGUGUGCUUCCACUUUAGCUAAAAGCAGCUAACAUUUCCCCACAGAGAUCAACUUGAAGCAUAAGCAAAAAUGAUUGCCAAAGAUUAUAGUUCAUCAAUGCCAGAAAAACAGGUGAGCAAACCUGCCUAACAACAAGUGGAGCAGGAGUGUAAUCGUAUGACAUGCUUGUUGAAAUGUGAUUUGGUGACCUUUUGAUUCUGGUGGGGUGGGGGAGCGGUUAGCCACACUAAGCCACAGGUUGCUAACCGUCAUAUGCUAUUGUUUAGCCAAAACUGGAUUUAUUACUUUAUACAUUCUUCACACAGCCGCUGGAAACAGAACUGUUGUUUAAUUCAUCCACACGCGACCGGAGAUUGUUUUUUGAUUGAUUGAUGAUUUUACGACACGGCUGCUGAGCGCUGGUCCACAUGGGAAACGUACAGUGCUGGCCAAAAGUAUUGGCACCCCUGCAAUUCUGUUAGAUAAUUCUCAAUUUCUCCCAGAAAAUGAUUGCAAUUAUAAAUUAUUUGGUAGUAAUAUCUUCAUUUAUUUUGCUUGCAAUGAAAAAAAAAAAAACAAUAAAUUUUUUAAAAAUAAUUAUCCAUUUACUAGGGCUGUCAAAAUUAUCGCGUUAACGGGCGGUAAUUAAUUUUUUAAAUUAAUCACGUUAAAAUAUUUGACGCAAUUACCGCACAUGCCCCGCUCAAACAGAUUAAAAUGACAGCACAGUGCAAUGUUCACUUGUUACUUGUGUUUUUUGGAGUUUUGUCGCCCUCUGCUGGCGCUUGGGUGCGACUGAUUUUAUGGGCUUCAGCACCCAUGAGCAAUGUGUAAUUAUUGACAUCAACAAUGGUGGGCUACUAGUUUAUUUUUUUGAUUGAAAAUUUUACAAAUUUUAUUAAAACGAAAACAUUUAAGAGGGGUUUUAAUAUAAAAUUUCUAGAACUUGUACUAACAUUUAUCUUUUAAGAACUACAAGUCUUUCUAUCC